AGCGCUACCACUAAAUCCCAAGUUUUUGCUUACUAUAUUUAACCCCCUGUGACGUUGCGUGGUUUCCCCUCCAUUCAGCACAUUUUUUUGUACUUCCUGCCGGUAAUCUAACGAACCUUUUAAAGGUCCACCUUGUGUUUUUAUCACACUUUUGAUCGAGCCAUUUACAACAACGACAUACCUUGAGACCCUUCAAAUCAUUUACACGUUUCAACCCAGCUUCUCCUUACAACUGCAAAGGUGGUGGAUGCCGAGAUUUGAUCUUAAUUUCCUGACCCAUUUUCGGAGAAAAGCUCGAUUUACAUUCAUUAAAUCGCAAGGAUGGUUAGCUUAGGACAUGUUCAUCGUAGGCAGUCUGGUGCAAGUAUGUUUUUCUCUCGUUGGAAUGUACUUUACCGAUAUGCUAUAAUACUCUGGACUGAAAUACUCAAAUUGGAUAGACAUCAUUAAUAACAACAUGGGAAUUCUAGGCAACCGGUCUUCCGUCGAUGAAUCGAAGACUUCCGAUGCGGAGGAUGAGACUACCGUCGUUGAGCCAGAUCAAGGAAAUGGUAGGACCCAUGACAUUUGAGAAGGGAGAGAUCUUGCAAAAGCUGACUCGGAAUGAAAUACAGUUCUCUCCCACAUCAUCUCACAGCUCCGUCCUGGAGCGGAUCUGAGCCGCGUCGUUUUGCCUACUUUUAUUCUCGAGCCGAGGAGUAUGCUGGAAAGAAUUACGAAGUGCGUAGAUGCCGGGGCUUCGGAAGAAGAGGAAAUAUGAGAGGCAGGCAUGCUGAUGGUGUAUAGCUUCAUGGCCCAUCCCGAAACUCUGCUUCCCAUGGCAGAAUUAGACGAUCCUUUGCAAAGAUUUGUUUCAGUUGUGAAGUUCUACUUGAGUGGAUGGCAUAUUAAACCUCCGUAAGGCUAAAUCCACCAAUUUGAGGGGGGUAGUUGUGCUAAUGAGAUUCUGCAGAGGGGUUAAGAAACCGCUCAAUCCUAUUCUCGGCGAAAUUUAUACUUGCUACUGGCAAUUUCCAGAUGGCACCAAGGGCUACUACAUUUCUGAGCAGACCUCACAUCACCCUCCCAAGUCGAGCUACUUUUAUAUGGCGCCAGAGCAUAACAUACGAAUUGAUGGAUGCUUGAAGCCUCGAAGCAAAUUCUUGGGCAAUUCUGCGGCCAGUAUGAUGGAGGGCAUUGCUAUAUUGAGGUUUCUGAAUAGAGGAACUGGACCCAAGGGAGAACGAUAGUAGGUUGUUACUGCAAAAUGCAGGUUGAAGAGAAUUUCUAGAUACUGACUGGCUGCUAGCAUUCUGACCCAACCCAAUAUGUACGCUCGAGGCAUUCUGUUUGGCAAGAUGAAGUAUGAGCUUGGCGAUCAUAGUUUUGUGCGCUGCCCGGAGCUCGGAUUGAGUGCGGAUAUUGAAUUCAAGACGAAGGGCUACUUUGGGGGAACAUAUAAUGCUAUUGGGGGUACAAUUAAAAAUGACAAGACAGGGGAAGUUCUCUUUGAGCUCUCGGGUAUGUGGAGUGGAGAGAUGUUUAUCAAAAACGUCAAGGUAUGGUCUUCUGCAAUCUUUGUGAAUUUUGAAAUUACUAACUAUACUCAGACGGGUAAGAAAGACCUUUUAUUCGAUGCUACGAGAGCGAGACCAUCACCUCCGUUAGUAAGGCCUUUAGAAGAACAAGAAGAUCGAGAAUCGCAAAAGUUAUGGUUCAAGACGGCAAAAGCGGUCAAGGAACGCAACCACGAAGUUGCAACAGAUGAGAAGACAUUCAUCGAAGAUAUGCAGAGGGAUGAGGCAGCCAAGAGAGUAGAAGACGGUGUUGAAUGGACUCCAAGGUUGUUUAGGCCAGUUAGUGGUGGUCCUGGCGGCUCCGAAGAAGGCGAAGAAGACUUGGAUUGGAUCUUGAAUGCAAACAUGUAAGUUGAUAAAAGUCAUUCUUCAUAUAUCGUACUAAUUUGGAACAGAAAUGGCGCCAGUCCACAAGAACAGGCGGAGCAAAUCCUCGCGGUUUAUCCCAUCCUUCCAGGUCAGAAAUCCACGGAGAAAAACCCUAUUCCCCCACAACAUCACCAACACACAGAACAGGCCAACCCAAUACCAGCACCAGUACCAGUACCAGCGGCAACAACUCCAGUCUUAGUAUUGCCUCAGGAGAAGGACAAGGAGAAUCUCAUUGAUCUAGGAAGUGACUCGCCAGCAACAGCUCAGUACCAACAUGUACCAGCUGAUCUCCACGCGGCCCAGACGCAAAAUAACGGACAACAACAAAAGGAUCUCGAGCGUAUCCUCCAAUCUACCAGUACAGUACAAGGCCAAAACCAAAGCCCAUUAAUUGACUUCCACGACGACCUAAGGAAAGAUUUACCAACAGCUACUGACAUUCAAGGGACGGCAGCCUCCACACUGUAUCGACAGGACACGGACACUCAUAGCAUUGAUGAGUUUGUAGAUGCUGAGGGAUGAUUCGGAUAAGGAGGACGAGGGGAGCAUCAGAUCGAUCUGGACCCAAGCCAUAUGAAGUUCUAAUGCAAAUACUUCGAGCAUCCUAAGCUAACCAGUCCCAAGUUACCUCCUCUCCUACCAACUUUUCCUUUCCCACCAAAUUUUCCUUUUCCUUCCAUGGUCGAAUGGAGCAGGGCAGCGAAUUACGCAGGCGCUUGCGUUUUCCAAUUUCUGAAGCUCAGAUACACUAUUAGAUUGGGCCGGCAGGCGUUGACCUCUACCUAUGUUAUAUAAGUUGAGAUUUUGUUCGGUCUAUGGCAAGAUGGCUUACUGGGGGCAUGGAUGGAUGAAUCAAUUCUUGACAUGGAAUGCAUUGAUUGCAUAGAUGGGUAAACGCCAAACUAAUGAAAUAUACACAAUUUCCUUACUCA